GACCAGAACGGUAAUUGCCCCGAACCCCGAUGGACUAUUACGUCAAUUUCCCACCCCACGGGAAUACAAAUACAGCCAAUUCCCCUAUAUUACCUACCAAGCCGGCAGCCCCCAUGACGCCGGUGACGACCUCCCCCACCAAUCACGCCCCUCUAUUUCAUCUACCCCGGUCCCUCCUCUCUCGCCACGUGUCUCCGAACCCCCCACGCCUCCGUCAAACCCCCUCGUCUCCCUUCCCCCCCUCUCUCUCCUCAGUUUUUUCCGUCAACCGAGAAAACCCAACCCAACAAAAUAAACACAAAACGGUAACGUUUUCCGUAAAGCCGGUCAACCUAAACCCUCGUCUCUCUCUCUCUCACACUAAAAGCACUUCCCAGCCACAAAAACCUAACUUCUCAGAUCGCCGAUUCCCACACGGCACCCGCCGGUCAAUCCCUCCGCCUAUAAAUCCGUCUCCUUCGUGACUUCGUCGGCUUAGUUAGUCUCUAAUUCAAAACCCUAGCUUCGUUCUAAUCUUGUUCUCGGUUUCCGAUUCGGUUUUUCGGCUUUUCAGAUUUCCAGAUCUCAGAAUCUUGUUUCAGAUCGAUGGAGGAGGACGACGAGAUGCAGUCGCCGGUGUCGGCGGGGAGCGGAUCUCCGGCGUCGCCGAGGACGAACGGCCGGAUAACGGUGACGGUGGCGGUACCGUCGCAGAUACCGGCGCACUCGCCGCAGAACAACAGCCUAACCGUGGCGCUGCCGUCGUCGGGCGGGGGGAGGAGCAGCGGAGGCGGGAGGGAGGACUGCUGGAGCGAGAGCGCGACGGCGGUGCUGAUAGAGGCGUGGGGGGAGAGGUACUUGGAGCUGAGCAGAGGGAACCUGAAGCAGAAGCACUGGCGGGAGGUGGCGGACAUUGUGAGUAGCAGAGAGGAGUAUGGGAAGACCCCCAAGACUGAUAUCCAGUGCAAGAACAGAAUCGAUACUGUGAAGAAGAAGUACAAGCUCGAGAAGUCCAAAAUGGCCGCCGGCGGUGGCCCCAGCCGGUGGCCGUUUUUCGACAGGCUUGAUCAUCUGAUUGGCGCCACCGCCAAGGGGACUCCUGGCUCCGGCGGUGGCGGUGUGGCGCCGCCGGGGUUCUCGUCGAAGAAUCACAAGAUUCCGAUCGGAAUGCCGGUCGGAGUCCGAGGAGGAGGAGGAGGACAGUUUGUGCCGAAGCACCUGCAGCAGCUGCAGAAGGCGAAUGCCAAGAAAAGGAGCGCGGCGGCGGAGUGGGACUCGGAUUCUUCCAGGGAGGCGUCUCCGGUGUCGGCGGACAGCUUUCCGCCUCCGCCGCCAGUUUUCGAGAUGAAGAGGCCGAGGACGGCGGGGCGGGGAGCGAAUGCUGGCUUUGGGAGGGGAGGAAGAGGAGGAGGAGGAGUGGGAGGAGUUGGGAAGGAGAUUAGGGGAAGGGAUAGUGGUGGGGGUGGAGAGAAGAAAGGCGAGUGGGGGAGUUCGAUGAAGGAGUUGACGCAGGCAAUGCUGAGGUUCGGGGAGGCUUAUGAGCACGCCGAGACUGCAAAGCUGCAGCAGGUGGUGGAGAUGGAGAAGCAGAGGAUGAAGUUUGCUAAGGAGUUGGAGCUGCAGAGAAUGCAGUUCUUCAUGAAGACACAGGUGGAGAUGUCACAGCUCAAGCAUGGUAGGAGGAAUGGGAGUGCUAGUAAUCAUCAUCGCAGCAACAACAACAACAGUGAUAGCAACUAGGAACCGAAAACAGCCCCAAGUUGGCGAAAUUGUACUCCUAUAAGCGGUAGGUUUGAGUGUAUGAUCUGUUCGUCUCUUUAUUAUCACAUAUUUAAGUUUGUGAAAUGUUAGGAAGAUGGUAGUGUCAUCAGGGUAAAUGGUUGGUUAGGAUUUAGAGUUUAUUCUUAUUGGCAGUUGAAGUUGAGUCUUCUUGACUUGCCUGUUGUGAAUGUUGUUUAACAUUAUGGAAUGAAAAUGAGGAUCAGCUCUAGCAUUAAGAACAUUGUGCAGGUCCUCCGGAUGUUUUGAUGACUCGAUUCCAUUCCUUGUU